CGCACAUUGGCGUCAACUCGACUCUUUCCACGGCGUCUUCAUGAGCUGACGGUUCUUCACCGCUCGUGAUCAGUUGUUCACCAUGUUACAAGUUGGGGACGAGUGGAUGUAUUUCGCGGUGGUCUUCCUGUUGACACUGUCGGGCACCCGCAGCGCCACGGGAGCCUCGGUGCUCACCGCGUCGCUCUACGUGUUCCUCGUGAUGUUCCGGUUCCCCCCGGUGCCACUGGAGCAGGCGAGCCGCGUGCUGCGGCCCAACGGUCUGUCCAGCGACGUGCCGGUGGUGGCGCACCGCGCGGCCGGUCACGACGCGCCGGAGAACACGCUGGCUGCGAUUCGAGAGGCCAGCAGGAACGGGGCCACGGGGGUGGAGCUGGACCUGAGCUUCACCGCCGACGGGGUGGCCGUCCUGCUGCACGACGACACCGUGGACCGCACCACCAACGGCUCCGGGCCAAUCAGCGGCCUGCGCCUGGCCCACGUCAAGAGCCUGGACGCGGCCGCGCGCCACCGGCUGAGGGGGGAGAGGUUUGGGGUACAGAUAGUUCCCACUCUGCAGGAGGCGUUGCAGGAGUGCAUCAAACACAGUCUGACCAUCUUCCUCAACGUGAAGUGUUACCCCGAUAAGGCGGCGGCGGCGCUGUCUGAGAUGUACCGGCGCCACCCCGUCCUCUACAACUCCAGCAUCGUGUGCUCCUUCGAACCCAAGGUCAUCUACAAGAUGCGCCAGGCGGACCCCCACGUGGUCACGGGCCUCACCCACCGGCCCUGGAGCCUGAGUCGCCAUAGCGACGGGACCCCACGCACGCCGUCUUCGUGGGCGCAGUUCUGGAGCGAGCUGCUGGACGUGCUGCUGGACUGGGCCCACCACCACCUGCUGUGGGACCUGUGUGGCGUCUCCGCCGUCCUGGUCCACAAGGACUUCAUCUCGCUGGACUACGUCCAGUACUGGGCUGGCCGGGGGGUGGAGGUGGUAGGCUGGCCGGUCAACACGGCGGUGGAGAAGCACUACUACCAGGACCUACUGAAGAUCAGCUACGUCACGGACAGCCUGCUGGAGGACUGUGACCCCCAGUACUGA